CAAUUGCUAUAUGAUGUACUGGACACUCCUCUCUCCUCAACAAACCUUAUCUAGGGUCUGAGCAAUGAUAUUCCACGAAGGCCCAGCAGAUGUCACCAUAGACAUUGACUAGCCGCCUAGCUGUCCUCUUUAGGUAGAGGCUUCAUCAUACCCACCUUCACUAGCUUGGCAGACGCAAGUCUUAAGGUUGCUACCAAAGCUAGAGGCAGUCUGUGUAACAGCUGUCAAGCCACUGAGACAAAUUAAUCAAGUUAUCAGAGAAGCUUUGCUAUUGUAAAUGCACUUUUGGGGAGAUCAAAACAUCUGGCUUCAUAUGAUUUGUCUUUAUUUAUGAUUAAGUAAUGUGAUGCUCUUCUCCUAAGGUACUGUAGCCUCCAAAACCUAAACUGCUGCUUGCUGAAGAGUGUAUAUGAAGGCAUGAAAUGGCUGUGAAAGUCUGGCACUUCCAUUCCCAUUGGUCAGGAAGUGGGUUGACCCUGGUGUCACUUUCCAUCCUUCUGCUGCCACCUACACUUUUUAACCUUGACUACACUAACAUAAAAACUUAAAAUAAGCAAAUCUAAAUGCUGGUGCAUCUGAAAAGGUCUUUCUUUUGGGAGAAUAUUUUUUUUUAACGUAACUCAGUGUUUACUACUGACAACUCCAAGUGUUGGAAGCAUGGAAGGCAUUGGACAACCCACCCAUUUAAACCAGAAUGGGAAGUUUUGAAGUUUAAAGCACUGGUUGCAGGCUGCAGGAUUCUUAUUAUAUUUUAUUCCUCCGAUUGCCAUAGCAACAAGGGCAAGGAAAAAAAACUUUACUGUUUGUACAGCACAGACUUCCAGUUAGUGAGAAAGAGAUGGAUUUGUUAAAUUAUACUUCCCUUUGAAAGACAAUGAUUUAACCAAAAAGGGCAAACACAUGAAAACUCCACGACCCUGAAAUUUUGAAAGAAACAGUUGUGGAGCUUUUAUGAACCCUUCCAAAAGGCACUUUUUUUUUUCCAGACCUAGCAAUUAAUAUUGUUACUUCUUAUAAGAAAGUCCAGUGAUAUUGCAGCUGGCCUGAAAAAAUUUGGACCAUCUGCCCAACGAGCACCACCUCUUUCCCCUCUGCCUCUUCCUCUAUCUUUGGAUUUUCUCAUAAUUUUUUUUCUCAGCGGCUCCAUCCCAGGGGAGGAAGACAAGAAAAUUUCUCAGACAUUAUUACUCAGUGUGGUUGCAGGAAAAAUUCUUCAUGGGGAAAUCCCCCAUGUCUGAGGAGAAAAAGCAAAAUUCAGCAGGAAUCCCAGUCAGUUUAGCUUGUUGAAUCCACAUGUUGGCCUAGAAGUAUUUUUUAUCAGUCUAGGUGCUUUCAAUUUUUCAUUUGAUCUUUAUCAGUGGAUGUCAUUGCACUCAAUAGGCAUUAUCAGAGAGGGAUAUCUAGAUAGUGGAUAACAAUAAACAGCAUACCAUUGGCAAAAUGAGUCACUUUUCCUGAGAAAAUUUGAUUAUUUAAAUACUUACAUUUUUGGGAGGGGAAAAAAGUGAAUUAAUCUUUGACAGGUACUGUCUCAACUGGGGUGGAAAGGGAACCUCACGGUAUGUGCCUGAUCCUGCCCCGGAGAAGUUAAUGGGAGAUUUAUCAUUGACUUCACUGGAUGCAGGAGGAAGUCCUAGUAGGCUUUACACUUAAAGAAGUGUUUACAGGCUACAGUUGUGCAAAUUAAGGCUUCUGAAUAGUUAAAAGAUUGUCAGAUUCCAAACUCCUCUCGGGUUUAGAUCUAUUUAGUGUUGCUGCUAUUGACUAUUAAUGCUGGGUGUUACAUGUAAAUAGUGCCUUGCACCACAGCAAACUGACAUACUAGAGAGAGGGGCUCACCCAGCAUUGGAGUGAAAUACAGCCGCUUCCUUGCACCAAUACCACAUAAGGACGCGACAGCAUCCAGCUGCAACUCCAGGGGCUUUUAGAAAUCCCCUCAGCAGAGGGCGUAUAUCCAGCGCCGCCGCCCGCCGCCGCUCUCACACUGUGCUCGCCUGCCGCCGCCGCUGAGCCUGGACUUGGGUCGCUUGCGAAGGAGCCGAAGGGGAUCUAGCGCCUGUGCUAGCGGAGGCCGAGCCAUGUUCCAGCCCAGCUGCAGCCCGGCGGGCCGGCGGGACUUAGCGAUGGAGCCGCUGAAGAAGGAGCGGCAGCUCGGCUUGCUGCAGGACGACCGGCACGACAGCGGGCUGGACUCCAUGAAGGAGGAGGAGUACGAGCUGCUGGUGAAGGAGCUGACGGACAUCAGGCUCCAGCCCCAGGAGGAGCGGGGGGCGCCGCACCAGCCGGCCGAGCCUUGGCAACAGCAAGUGACUGAAGACGGAGACACAUUUCUCCACUUGGCAAUUAUUCACGAAGAAAAGGCCUGGAGCGUGGAAGUCAUUCGCCAGGCAACUGCCAAUCCUGCCUUCCUGAACUUUCAGAAUAACCUAAACCAGACUCCACUUCACCUGGCAGUAAUCACAGAUCAGGCUGAAAUUGCUGAGAUUCUUCUCAAGGCCGGAUGUGAUCCAGAGAUCAGAGACUUCCGAGGAAAUACACCACUUCAUAUUGCCUGUGAGCAGGGCUCUGUCAGAGCUGUCAGCGUCCUCACUCAGUACUGCCAACAGCACCACCUACAUUCAAUCCUACAGUCUGCCAACUACAAUGGACACACGUGUCUCCAUUUGGCAUCUAUUCACGGGUAUCUGGCUAUAGUAGAAUAUUUGCUGUCCUUGGGAGCAGAUGUCAAUGCUCAGGAGCCUUGUAAUGGCAGAACUGCCCUCCACUUAGCUGUAGACCUGCAGAAUUCAGAACUGGUGUCGCUUCUGGUAAAACAUGGGGCUGAUGUGAACAAAGUGACCUACCAGGGCUAUUCUCCAUACCAGCUCACAUGGGGAAGAGACAGCUUCAGCAUACAGGAACAGCUGAAAUACUUAACCACAGCUGACCUACAAAUGCUACCAGAAAGUGAGGAUGAGGAGAGCUGUGAAUCAGAAUCAGAAUUCACAGAGGAUGAAAUAAUGUAUGAUGACUGUGUUAUUGGAGGACAACAGCUGGCAUUUUGAAGAAGAGGUUUCUCUUAAAGGACAUGACUCUAUAUAUGUAUAGGAAGCUGACGUAUUUUCUUUAAAAAAAGAUAAAAUGUGAAAAAAAUAUUGAAAUACUACACUGCACAGCAUGGACUACAUCAUUAUAACAGCAGGUUUCACAUUCUGACCCAUACUUUUACUAAUGGGAGUUGGAUGUGUAACAGCAGUAGAAAUCUAUGUUUAUUUGUGCCAGUUAGGGAUUAACUGGUCGUCAAAAUGUCUGAACAGUAUGAGGACAGACUACUGGAUCCACCUGAAUAUUCAUUUUGGGUACAAGAAUGUAUCUGAGAGAUGACUAGUGAGUUUUUCUGUGGAGUUGCUUCCCCCUAUAUGGCUGGACAGGUUCACAUAAGUAACCCAUUUGCUGGAAGAAAUUGCAUAGAUUUCUGUUGGGCUGAUUGUAAUCGCUCCUAAUGACUGACCUCAGCUGCUCUUUGUACUGUAAUGCAGAGAGAGGAAUUGAAACAAAAGAAUGACCUCUUGGCUUUUAUGGGAAAGGUAGCAAUAAUGUUAACUCUGCAUUGGAAACAGUAUUUCCCUAUGGAUGUGGCAUGAUGGCUAAACUUUUAGCAGUUGUAUAUCAUGUAUAUAUUGUAUAUUUUGUUUAUAAUUAUUUUGAUACCUGAGAUGUAUAUUUAUUAAAAAAUGUCAAGUC